GAACCUCGGAGAACUCAACAGUUUUAGGAGUGAAACUCGGCCACCGUAAUUGACAAAUGAGAGAGCGAGCGGCGGAUGGGCGGGGCUUGUGGUGACAGCUACUACGCAAAGUUGGCGGCGGAACUCGAUACCGUCAUUCGAAACGGAACGGAACCGAAGCUAGAGUAGCUUCAAGCCUUCCUUAGAUGGACCUUCGUUCGGAUAAAAUACAGCGGGUUCUAUCCAAGUACAAAUUCCACGAUGUGGCCUUGGAAGAAUUGGACAAAAUUGAGAACGCCUUCCCCGGGAUGAUCCCUUCCGUCGGAACCUACACGUUCAGCGACGGGUCCCAGAAGGAGCUCCUGAAGUUGAACGGCAACCUUCCGGUCAAGUACGAAGGACGUUCGUACAACUUCCCCAUCCAGCUGUGGUUGAUGGACUCCUUCCCGGUCACGCCUCCCAUCUGCCUGCUGAGGCCCACGUCCGACAUGGCGGUCCGGGAGGGCAAACACGUGGACGCCCGCGGACGCAUCUACCUGCCCAUCUUGCAUAACUGGGAUCACCCCAUGUCGUCGGUGGUAGAGCUUCUGGAGGAGAUGAUUUCCAAGUUCCAAGAGGAUCCCCCCCUGUCCUCCACCAGCAGCGCACAGAAAGAUCCGCAGGAGCUCCUGGCGUUUGUCAACGACCUCCGGAUCGGCGACAGUAGCGUCAGGAAGCAGCAGCAGCAGAAACAACAGCCGCUCCGCAAAGUCUCAGUGAUCGGCGGCGGGGAUUUGGGAAUGGCCGUCGUGAUGAGCAUAUUGGCAAAGUGUCAAGUCGAUCGUCUGGUCUUCAUCGACGUCGCAGGGAGUUCCACCAAGGGCGGAAGCGCAGACCUGGAGAUUUUCAAGCCUCCAAAUGUGGAAGUGUCCCAGGAUUUGUCCGCCUCGACGGGCUCCCAAGUGCUGGUGUUGACGGCCUACGCGUGGAGCGGCGACCAGUCCUACGUCAGGGUGGUCCAGACCAACGUAGACUUGUACCGAGGGAUCGUCCCAGUCUUGGCGCGUCUCAACCCGGGCGCCGUCAUGCUUAUCGCUUCUCACCCGGUGGACGUGAUGACCCACGUGGCGUGGAGGCAGAGCGGCCUGCCGCCCUCGCAGGUGAUCGGGGCGGGCUGCAACCUGGACUCGGAACGCCUGGCUCACGUUCUCCGAAUCGACUUGAACGCUCGCCAGCAGGCUUGGGUCAUCGGCGAGUGUUCGGAAAACAAAGUCCCCGUGAUGAGCAAGACUGAAAUCCCGGGCUCCAACGUGGACUCUACCAAACCGCUGCUUAGCAGAGCUUUCGGCCUCACCAAGAACGGAGGUCAGCGUUCCUGGUCCGUGGGCUUGUCGCUGGCCGACAUCACAAACAGCAUCCUGACAGAUAGGAAGAAAGUCCACUCUGUCACCACGCUUGCCCAGGGCUGGGGCGGCGUCGGAGCCGAGGUAUUCUUCAGCCUGCCGUGCCUGCUGGGCUCCGGCGGUUCCACGCGGCUGGCCGGCGUGUCGCUGGGCGAGGAGGAAGACGCCAAGCUGCGGGAGAGCGUGGCCUCGCUCGUCAACCUCUUGAGUCAGCUGAGAAUAUGAAGUCCCGUCGUCCGUCUGACCGUGAAUCAAAACAACUAUAGCCGCCGAGGCUCCGAUCCGUUCGAAGCGGGAGCGCCGCCGCGUCAAACGGAUCGGAUGUCAACAAAAAUUGCUCUUUGCACAACUGAUAUGUAAGAGGUACACUAAGAUGAAUAUGCUUGUUGGAGUGUAAUAAACCAAAGUAAAAAGAAAAA